ACAUCCUGCUCUUAAGGAUGUAGGUGCUGCAUGUGUGUGUGGAGGAGUGCGUUUGAACGCUCCUGAUGUGACUGACAGCCGUUUCCUCUCUCAACAUGACUGCGGCGAAGCACCUCACAGCCCUGCUGUGCGUGUUAACAGUGACGGUCUGUGGCGAUGUCUCCCCGUCUCAGGAUACUGUGAAAACUACAAGCGCUAUAAGCCUCACCAGCUGGCCCGCUUCCUCCACGCUGAGCGCCACCUCUGGCACGCCACAGUCUCAGACUACGACACGACAAGUCACCACACAAGCUUCCACACUAACGCCCACAACAGAGGAACCUGCUCGCAGCACCGGUCCAACGACGGCAGCCACCACCAAGACAUCAGAAGAGACAGUUACACAAGAACGGACAGUCCCAACAACAUCACAAUCACCAAACACCACCAUCAACGUCAACACAACCAGCCCAGGGUAUGGCAGAGGAUCGGGGGACCUGGCAGCUAACCCCGGCCUGGUGGCCGUCAUCUGCAUCUUCUGCAUCGUCCUGACUCUGGUCCUGGUGGUCCUGAGUGUGAGGUGCAUCCGAUCGCCCGGUGCCAACUUUGAGAGGCUGGAGGAAGUGUCCCUGGGCAAAGUGAAUGAAGAGUCUCCGUUUGCGCAUUAUUCAAAAUGACAUCAGAGGCUUCACGGGACACGGAGGACACAGGAGGAGGGCUGUCCGCUCUGCCACUCCGAGGUUUCUGGCCAGAAAAGCGCAGGAAUGUUUUCCACAACAGCCAGCAGUGACUCCAGCUUCAAAUACAGACUCAUGCUCCUUAUAUCUAUUCAUAAAUACAUUUAUGAAUCUCCACUUUAUGGGACAAUAAUGGAUGUUUCUUUCCUAUAGCACUUUUGUCAAAGCUAGUAGUAGACUUUUGCACAAGCUUUGACCUGUUCACUUUGCUGCUGGUGACCAAAUUGAAUUAGGUCUGAAGCAAAAUCAAAUUAUCGCGCUGGUUCUAAAAAUAUGACAUACAUUUUCGGUUUCAUUUAUGAUUUUUGUGUAACUUUACUGUUUAAUUUGAGCGUUCAAAGCAAAAAUGAAGACACAUUUCCUGUUUUGAAGGUGUUAAAUUUAUCUUAUGAGAGUAGUUUGUGUAAUGCAUAGCUAAUAUUUUCUUUGGAGUGAGAUAAUUCUCAGGUACCUGAAACGGGGCCUUUGCUGCCCUGAUCAACUUUCCCUUUCCUUCUGAUUAUUCUUAAUCUGCUCCCCCUGUAAUUUAUGUGAAAGUAAAAAUGGUUUCCUUGCAGAAAGAUGUGUUCAGGAGUUUAUCCAUAUCUAAUCUGAGGUGUGAGUCAUGGAGACUCUUGUCAACUUCUCAUCUGAAACAGCUUUUUUCCCCCUGACCUCCUUUUAGCUUGUUAUCAUUCUUCCAGUUACAUGUUUUCAACCAUCCAAAAGUGAUUAACCCCACGCGUAAAAUGAGUCCUCGCACUUUCGUUUCCACAUGUGACAAAGGUGCUGUUUGUAGCUCUUUAAAUAACCAGCAUGUGAGUGGGCAUAUUUAGACAUUUAUACCGGUGAUUUCCGCUUGUGAUGAAUCAGUGCUGGUUUGUCAGUGGUGUCCUCUUUAUUAAGUUUCCACACCACCUCAGACAGCUGUAGAGUUCAUAGCUGUAAUGUUUACAAAAGAAUAAAUGAUGAAUUUCUCUCUCCA